UGAACCAAUGUGUUAGUCGUUAUUUCUGACUUCUCUAAGUUGGCAGCUUCUUGAAAGGCAGUAUCUAGUCUUAAGCAUUUUAUUCCUAGCACCUACUACAAUUAUAAAUUGUUUCCAAUUAGGGCCUCUUGUCUUUAAAUGAAUUUUAUAUAUUCCAUUCUGUACUCAUUACCAUGGUUUAAUGUUUUAUGUUGGUCACUGAUAACAAGCUACAGAACUGAAAGGGCCUUAAUUAUCUAAUACAACCCUUUCCUUUCCCAUGCAGUGGUUCUCAACCUUCCUAAUGCCUCCCAAUGCUGCGACCCUUUAAUACAGUUCCUCAUGUUGUGGUGACCCCCAACCAUAAAAUUAUUUUCAUUGCUACUUCAUAAGUGUAAUUUUGCUACUGUUAUGAAUCAUAAUGUAAAUAUCUGAUAUGCAGGAUGUAUUUUCCUUGUUACAAAGGGUUGAGAACUGCUGCUAAAGAGAGGUCAGAUGAUUUCCCCACAACAACCAGGAAAUGCUGGGUCUAGAAUCAAGUUCUCAAAUUUCCCAGGUUUCUUCGUUCUACUACAUUUUGCUACUUAGAUUAAAUUUUCAAGACAUCUAUAUCACUUUCAUUUUAAAACACCAGAGAUCCUCAUUAUCUGAUACUGUUUAUUUCAACAAGCAUUUUUUUUGGAAUUACCUACUCUGUUAAACAUUUGAGGCUAUUGUUUUUCAGUUUGCAAUCUUAUGAGAGGAUCUUAGAACCUAGUGUUGAUAAAAAUGUUAUUUGGCAAAAGAAAGCAAAGUUUUGUUUCUCUUCGGGUAGGAAUUUUUUCAAAGUUAGAGAUUUUACUUAGUUUUAUUUCACACUUUAAUAGUUUGUAAAGUCUUACUAUAGGACUUCAAAAGUAAAAUUUGUCUUACUUUAUUUCUAGGUUUUCUGAUACUUUUUCUAUAGUUUCACCAUCUAUACUCUUUACCAACAACUGUGGUUUAUCAGUUGGUAAUACAGAAGAAUCAUUAACUAGGAGAAAAUGUCAAAUCUAAAAAUGAAAGAGGCAGCCCUUAUUUAUCUUGACAGAAGUGGAGGCCUCCAAAAGUUUAUAGAUGAUUGCAAGUACUACAAUGAUUCUAAACAAAGUUCUGCUGUCUAUCGAUUCAAUAUUUUAAUAAAUCCUUCUGAUGUUGUUGAAUUAGAUGCCGAACUUGGAAAUCACAUUUUACAUCAGCCUUUACAAGCUGCUCGAGUUUUUCAAUCAGUCUGUUUUAUUGCUGUUAAGACUCUCUCAUUAAUUGGACAAUUACAAACAGAAACUCAAAUUAAUAUUGUGCUGAAGUUAACACAUUUACCUGCUCUGCCAAGUUAUGCUCUUGAUCUUAGUGACUUUCCACUUGAUUAUACAUCUCAGAGAUUUUAUAUGCUACAAGGAAUUGUGAUUGCAAUGAUGACUGUAACUAAGUAUACACAAGGUGCAAGGUUCCUUUGUACAGAUGAAGCAUGCCCCCUUUCAAAAGGAUUUCAGUAUAUAAGAGUGCUUGUGCCUGGUGCUACAGAAUCUGCAACAGUAAGAAAUGACUUUUUGUGUAAUCUCUGUGCAUCUUCACUUCAAGAAGACAGAAAAUUUAGAGUAGUUGGUGAUAAACAGAUAGUUGAAAUAAUUACCACAAAGGCAUUUCAGGCUUAUCGAGGAUAUUCUAACAACCAGCCAUUUAGAUUCCAGUCAAAUACAAUUUUCCUAAGAGAUGAAUCAGUGAAUAAAAUGAAUAUAGGAAAUGAAUAUAAAAUUAUUGGAAUUCCUACAUGUGUAGAAACUGCACAAACUACUGUCUGUAUAGAAGCAAAUAAUAUAACUUUUUGUAAUUCAAAAGUUCCUUCAGGAAUUAGUGACGACUUCAAGCGUCUCCUUUCCUUGACUUCCAGUUCAUGCUGGAAGUUUACAGCAAUACUUGCCAAUAUCUUUGCAUCACAGAUUGUUCCUCCUGGGACUUACAAUUGGCUCAAACUCUGUUUGUUGAUGAGUCUUGUACAGACAAGUGACCGUAGAAAGGAACUGGAAGAUUGCCUGGAUAUUUUAAUUAUAACAAGUGAUACUCUACUAGUAGACAGGUAAAUAUGUGACAUGAACUUUUUUCUUUUUUUUUUUUUAUUAAGCAGACCUAGGCAGACCUAGGCUUCAAACCCCCCACCCAUGGUACACAGGACCAGCACUUUAAGUGAGCUACAGGUGCCCAGCUGACAUGAAUUUUUUAAAAUGUUAAUUGGCCACAGGUUUGUAUAAAUUUUUUCAAUAAGCAUUAUUAUAAGAGGAAUAUUUAGGAUUUAUCUGAACUAGUAUAUAUAAUUAUUCUAGUCACUUUUUAUCAAUAAAGUAAUAAAGUUUUGAAACGUAAGUAGAUAAAUGAGAUAUUUGCUUUUAAUAUUUUGAGAGUGUAACCACUCGAAGUUUGAACCUUUUCCCUCACUCAUUCCUUUGCGGAUAUGUAGCAAAUGCAUCCUUCCCAGCCUUCCUUUUCCCCCAUUCCCUGGCUCUACCUUUGUGCUUUGUUUUCAUUUUUUAGUAAUCUUCCCCGCAAGGAGCCAAGAAGCCAUUUUUAAAUUUUUCUCCAAGAUUCCAUUCACUAAUAUUGAUUCACUGUACCCAACAGUGCCAAAAUGACUGUUUUGGUGAUACCUCAUUCCUAACUUUGGAAUAGGCCUCUACUCAGAGUUUUGUGGCUCCCCAUUAGCAAGUACCCUUUUCUUAAAAAGUGACAUGAAUGUUCACAAAAUUUAGAAUAAGCUCCUUUUAAAAUAUUUUGUAUGUAAUUCUAAAGCAAAAAAUAAAUUUAUAAAGUGAAUUUAAAAUAGAAAAAUGCAAAUCACCAUCAUAUUAAUUAUACAAAUAAUAUUUUGCUAAAAUUAAAUUGCCACUUGUAAUGAUCCAAAAUUCCAUAUAUUUCACCACUUUGUUUUCUGCUCACGAAAGUAUUUAGUUCCCUGACAUACUCACCAUGUCUGGCUAUUUCCAAACUUUUAAAUUUUAUAAUCUGAGAGGUAGAAAAUAGUAUUUUAUUUUUAUUUGCAUUUCUUAAAUGCAUUUCUUAUUUCAACUGGAAAUAACUUUCAGCAUCAUUUAAAUCUUACUAAACAAUUGUAUUAUUUUUUAUAAACCUCCUAAUUUUGACCAUUGUUUAUUUUUCUUUUUUUUAUUGUUUAUUUUUCUAAGUUGUUUAUCUACUUCUUACUAAUUUGUGAUGGCAGUUGAAAAUUAAGGCCUUUGUCUCUUUUCCUGUUUGUCAUUAACCAUUUGACUUUUCUUAUGAUAUUUGGGUCUAUAUGGCAGAUUUAAUUUUGUUUGUCUUGAAGUAAAAUUUGUUUAUAGUAUAAUAAUCAUAUCUUAUUAUUACCAUUAAAAUCAAUUAAUGAAUUUUAACAAAUACAUAGACUCCUAUACUCGCUACCACAAUGAGCUAUAGAACAUUUUUAUCACCCAAGAAAUUACCCUCAUUCCCUCUUCCAGUCAGUUCCUGUCUCCACAGGAGAUUUCUGUAACCAUAGAUUAAUUUUCCUAUUGUUAAACUUCAUAAAAUGGAAUCACACAGUGCAUCCUCCUUGGGGUCUAGUCUCUCUUGUUUAACAAAAAGUUUUUGAGAUUGGUCCAGUUUUAUGCGUCAGUACUUCAUCAUU